UAUCGUUAUGCAGAAUGGCCGACAAAGAAUAAGGACAGCACUACGCUGCCUUGGUGAUGAUUUGGAAUGAUGUCAUAUGCAUCCGGGGUAUUGGUUUGAAUAUCACUUCUGUUUAGCACUAAAAAUCUAAAAUGGAGGAUAUUUGAAAUAUAAACAAUGUGAGUCUUCACUAAUCUACGAAUGAAGGCCUACAAAAUCAAUGGAAAGGACGUUUCAUUAUAGAAAUUAAGUAUUAUAUAGAACACAAUUUCAACAUUGCAAUGCCGAGUGCAGGAGACGGAUCGGCAAAACCAAGAACUCCGCGACAAAACUCAACCAAAAGCAAAACACCGAUAGAAUCAAAUGAUCCACCACUCGUUCUUCCUCCCCACAGUAGGCCCGAAAGUCCGGACAGUCGAGUGUCGUCUGCUCGGAGCAGACGAACAGAUCCCGCCGGUCUCAUCACAGAUUUAACUCGCUUAAAAGAAAUCACACACGAUGAUAGAAUCCAAAGUCCCACGUACAGAAAGCUUUUGGGUGAUUUUGGUUCAGAAGAACUUCCCCAGACGGCGUAUCAUGCGCGGCUGGAGCCUGAUGGACUUGAGCCCAGGGACACCGUGUUCUUUGGUGGAGACAUUGAGGGUCGACUUCAGGAAGUUGAGGACGACAUUGAGGAUAUUGAAGACGAACUCGAUGCGGAGUUCGGAGAGGAUCUCGAUAAUAUUUCUUCCAUUGGCUCGGAUGAGGAAGCACGUGCCGCAGAGUAUGACACGGACUUGGAAGUGGACGCUGACAAAUUGAUUUUUCCGGAGAGAUAUGAUCACGACACAAGUGGAAGAUCUGCAUACUUGAAGAAAUGCGAAGAGAUUGGUGUACAGCCUAUCACUUUCUUCAUGAAACACAUGCAAGACACUCAGCUUGUCAUGAAGUAUCACAGUCUUGGACCCCAAGGAAUGAAAGCCAUUGCCAAACCACUAGAGGUAAACACUGUAAUAGAGAAAAUUGAUCUCGAAGGAAAUUAUAUCCUGGGAGAGGGCGCUACAUACCUGACUAAGGUACUGAGGGAGAACGUCUAUGUAACGGAACUGGUGCUAUGUGAUAACAAAAUAGGUAACGAUGGAGCACAAGCAAUAUGUGAACUUUUGUCAGAAAAUAAGACAAUCAUCCAUUUAAACUUAACAGGCAAUGAUAUUGAGGAUUCUGCAGCUGAAGCCUUCUAUGAAAUGUUAACGAGAAAUGCUUCUAUAAAGACGCUGAUGCUUCGCCAUAAUAAGUUUGAGGACGUGGGCGCACAGUGGUUCCACGACUCCAUGAAUGAAAACGUCACAUUAGAGACAUUAGAUCUCAGUUUUAACCGAUUUCAAAACAAAGGCUGUGUACUUCUGGCACAAGCUCUCAAGGACAAUGUUGGACUGAAAUACCUGGACAUUAGUAUGAAUGGUUUUGGUCUAGAGGGCGCUCGAGCCCUAGAGGGCGCGCUGAAAGAAAACAAGUACCUGACGGAUCUCAAUAUCAGCUACUGUCGCAUCCCAGACGAGGCCGCGGUUCACAUAGCGGGGGGUCUUCAGCAUAAUGAUACCCUGGAAAACCUUAAUAUUGGAUAUAACCCUAUGAAAGAAGAUGGAGCAGACAAAAUUUUGACGGCUGUUCAGGUCAACCAGAACAGUGUACUGAAGGUCUUAGACUUUGGUGUUCUCAUGGUAAAGAAAUCGUUCAAACAAAUGGAGGAACAGCUGGCGCAGGAGAGAGGGAUGAAGACGCUUUACGGUGGGGUACUACCAGACUGUCCUCGGACGAAACUCAGGGGUGAUAUUGACGCCAUGAAGCUGCUGAUGAUGAGGGACCCGAUGGCGAAGUUAAAAGCCUAUGUGGAGAGAGAGGGGUAUCGAAUGAUCGAUCUGCUGAAAUCUUUCGACAAAGAUAACAGUUUUACAAUAUCAUUGGAAGAACUCAAAGAGGGUGUUAAGAAAUGUAAUAUUGACCUCUCAGACCCUCAGAUUUCUCAACUGAUGAGGCAACUGGACAAAGACGGAAACGGGGAAAUUGAUUUCAGCGAGCUGCUCCAAGGAAAUGACGAGUUGAUUCUAAAGAAGAGAGCGGCAAAGAAAAUCCAGCAAGCAUUUGAUCAAAGGAAAUCACUGGAGGAAACUCAGCUAGAAGCCAAGGCUGAGCCGAAGUCCUAUAUGUCCAUGAUUGACAGUUGAUCAUCUACGUCACUUCCUCUCUGUCAUGUAUAAACCUUGUGCAUUUCCGUUGACUAUAUAAGGUCGCUUUAUCUUUAAUAGCGACUAAAUCAAAAUGCGUUUAGAUGAAUUUAAUAAUUAUCAUUUCGUUCAACCAGAGGGUAAAAUCCAUAAAGCUGAAAUGUACAUACUUCUUUCGUUAUCUACAUAAUUAAUGCUUGUAUAUAUAUUAUCUAAUGUGGAUAGAGUCGUCCCUGCCUUCCGCUUUGUGUCUAUUUAUAGCUUUGUCGAAGAUGAUACUACUGUGUCAAACGAAAGGUGUGAGGAACAAAUGUAUUUUCAGUAGAAGAGUCGUCUUUCAAGUUUUUAAUCGAUUGAUCCGAUUAAUUAAUAUUCAUUGUUGUUGUAAGUAAUGAGUAUGGAUGAUGGUAACGUCAUUAAGUUAUUUCAAUGUCUGUUUAAGGCUAAGUCGAUGUAUUUACAAUGAUGUAAUAAGAAAACUGCUGUAUUAAAAUUAUUUAAAUGUU